AUGACAAUAGGUCAAGCUGAUAUUCUUUGGCGGCCAGAAGAUGAUUAUAAGGUCAAACCGACACUGGAAGAAGGGGACAUUUAUCGACCAGAUAUCCUCAAGGUCGUAGAAACUGUUAUCGAUAGUCUCAGUGGCGCGCUACGGGAACUGAGUCUCGAUAUUCAUGAUCAUCCGGAGCUUAGAUAUGAAGAAAGGUAUGCCCGCAUCUCGAACCCAAAUUGCAACCAAUCGGCGGGCAAUCAAACUAAUUAUCGGUCGCUCAGAUACGCUCAUGAUGCAUAUACCUCCUUCCUAGAGAAGCACGGUUUCGAAGUCACGAGGCAUCACCUUCUGGAGACUGCAUGGGUGGCGACCUACACCCACGGGCUGGGCGGACGCGUUCUAGGGGUGAACUCAGAGAUGGAUGCGCUCCCGGGCAUUGGACAUGCAUGUGGACAUAAUCUCAUCGGCAUCGCAGGUGUCGCCGUCGCCUGUGCGGCAAAAGCAGCCAUGGAACAGCUUAAUAUCGACGGGAAGGUGAUUCUUCUUGGUACACCUGCUGAAGAAGGUGGGAUUGGGAAAGUGAAGCUGUGGGAGAGGGGAGCGUACAAAGAGAUGGACGCGUGUCUUAUGUGCCAUCCUGGUCCUGGGCCUCUCCAUUCCAUCAGUUUGAGCAGCUGCCUUGCAGUUAUACGCCUGGAGAUAGAUUACUCAGGCCACACUGCGCACGCUGCACUUAGCCCCUGGGAAGGAAAGAAUGCGCUGGAUGCAGCUGUUCUGGCAUAUACAAACAUCGCUUUACUGCGCCAGCAGAUUAAGCCUACGCAUCGUGUGCAUGGAAUUAUUCAGGGCCAUGAUUGGGCACAGAGUAUCAUCCCGGAUAACUCAAAGAUGUAUUAUUAUAUCCGUGCGCCGACCACUGUUGAAGCGGAAGAGACGCUCAAGCGUGUCAUUCCCUGUUUUGAAGCAGCAGCACUUGCAACCGGGACGAAGGUUAAAGUUAACAGAGGACACACUGGGAACGAGCUUGUGCAGAAUAAAGUCCUCGGUGACGAACUGUCUGAUGUGGUUAGGAAGAAGUAUGGCGCCAUUGACUAUGAAUAUGGGAUCAGCGGUGCAUCGACCGACUUUGGCAAUAUUUCAUAUUUGAUGCCUGGCCUACACCCCGGGUUUUCGAUACCAACGGUACCGGGAGGCGGUAACCAUACUCCAGCAUUCACCGACUCGGCACGUUCGCAGGCUGCUCACGAUGCAUGUCUCAGUGUCUCAAAGGCCCUCGCACAUGUUGGCAUGCGCGUGAUCACAGACGGUAGAUUUUUUCAGCAGGUGAAAGAUGCUUUUGAGGAGCGAAAGAACAACAGGAUGUGA